AUGCCAUGGUUCCUUAGAUUUACCUUUUGGAUCUACUGUUCUGAAGUUGACAUUUCAUUUGUCUGUACAUCUGAAAGACAGAUUUUUAAAGAAAUAUUUUUAGGUAUACCUUUUGCUGAGCCUCCAGUCGGAAAUUUAAGAUUCAGGAAACCAGUUCCAGUGAAGCCAUGGACUAGAACUUUGCUCGCCACUAAAAUUCCUCCAGCCUGCAUACAAUACACACCAUAUCCCUUUCCUUGGGCUGACUUCCUACCAGGAAAAAGCGAGGAUUGUCUGUACCUGAAUAUUUAUGUUCCUGUUUCAUCCAAAAACGGAAGUAAAUUGGCGGUCUUAUUUUGGAUCCAUGGUGGAGGACUUACAUAUGGAUCCAAUCGCAAGGAUAUUUAUGACGCAAGAGCCUUGGCGAGCCAUGGAGACGUCAUUGUGGUAACCAUCAAUUAUCGGUUGGGUGUUUUAGGUUUUCUGACAUCUAAUACAGAAGAUGCUCCAGGAAAUGUAGGCCUGUAUGACAUAUUAAUAGCAUUGCAAUGGGUGAAUGAUAAUAUCGAAUCAUUUGGUGGUGAUAAAAAUCGAAUCACCGUCCAUGGUCAAAGUGCUGGUUCCAUAGCCAUCAGUAUUCUUUGCAUCUCGCCCCUCGCCAAAGGUCUUUUUAGUAGAGCCAUUUUGCAAAGUGGAACAAUUAUUCUUGUCAACACCAACCAAGUGAGAGAAAAUCUGGCGAUCAGUCAGCGUCUGGCCGAAACUGUUGGCUGUGCAUCUCGAGCUGUAACGAUUGAGAAUGAUCCCAAAUCUGUAGUGGAUUGCCUAAGAAAUCGAAAUGCCACUGAUCUUGCUCUUGUCAUCUGGUCCUUCAAUCCUACAUCUACCCGGUCCUUCUUGCCUCAGUAUGGUGACGACCUGAUUCCUAGAAAUGCUUUGGACGAAAUUCGUAAUGGUAACUUUUACAACGUGUCUCUCCUGAUCGGCAAUACCAGAGAUGAAGGAUCUUUUCAGAUCGCCACGCGACAACCCGAAUUAUUUGGAUUCUGUGGACAAAAGAAUCCCAUUCUCAACAGGACUCAAGCAGAGAAUAUAACUCGGAAUAUUUUUCGUAAUUUUGAUAACCCUGAAAAAUAUGUUAAAUAUUAUCUAUCUAGUAUACCAGAUGACCACUAUGAUGCCCUCAAGAGGCAAGUCUACACUGCAUCUGGAGACACCAGUCUUCUAUGCACGAAUCUCUACUUUGCCGAGAGCUAUGCCGAUAGAAAUAAUGAUGUCUACUAUUAUUUUUUCACUCAUAGACCGAGUAAUACUCCCUGGGCUUACUGGAUGGGAGUGGCACACUUUGAAGAUGUACAAUUUGUGUUCGGUCGUCCAAUCAGAAAGCCCUAUCUUUAUGAACCUAUCGAAGUAGAGCUAAGUAAAAAGAUGAUUGAGAUCUGGGCAAAUUUUGCUAAGAAUGGGGUUCCUACUGAUUCUUUCUACUGGCCAAAGUACUCAAGGAGAAACCCUACAUAUGUUAACUUAAACACAAAUUUUAAAGAUAUCAGUUAUGGAAAGGGUCCUCAUCUUGAAAACUGCAAUUUUUUAAGAAACUAUUUUGGGUAUUUUAUCUACAAAUAA